UUCCGCGUCACUAUUGGCCAGGAUGGCGGCGUCGGCCCCGGCCCCCGGAGUUCCCGGGACGCGGUUGGGAUGCGGCGAUCGCCCCGCUUCCCGGGGAUGCGCAGCGCGGCUCGGAGCUUCCCCGGCGGCGGGCGCUGAGCUCCCGGAGCAGGAUGGACACCGGGAUCGGGGCCGCGCUGGCCUGGAGCCCCGGGGCCGCCUCGCAGCCCCCGCCCGGCCUGGGGGUGAAGUUGGGGUCGUUGGUGCUGCUGCUGCUGCUGCCCCUCGCCUGUGGCCUGGCACCCCUCUGGUGCUUCCGACAGCCCCCCGACCCCCGCAGCCCCAUGCUCAGCCUCGUGAGCUGCUUCUCUGGUGGUGUUUUCAUGGGCACUUUCCUGCUCGACCUCCUCCCUGACUACCUGGGCAGCAUCGCUGCGGCACUGGAGGGGCUGCGCAUCACGCUCCAGUUCCCUCUGCCGGAGUUCAUCCUGGCCAUGGGAUUCUUCCUGGUGCUGGUGCUGGAGCAGGUGACGCUGGCGCAGCGGGAGCUGGCGGAGCCGCCCGAGGAGUCGCGGGCGCUGCUGCCCAACGGUUCCAUCCAAGCCGCGGCUCCCGGCGGCUCCGGGCUCUCGGUGGGCUCCCCGGUGCCGGUGCCCGGCGCUCCCGGGGCGCUGCGCGCCGGGGCGCUGGCGCUGGCGCUGGCGCUGCACGCGGUGCUGGAGGGGCUGGCGCUGGGGCUGCGCGAGGGCGACGCGGCCGCGCUGCGGGUGCUGCUGGCCCUGCUGCUGCACAAGGGCGCCGUGGCCUUCGGCCUCUCGCUGGAGCUGCUGCGGAGCCGCCUGCGCCCGCCGGCCGUGGCCUCGUGCCUCGUGCUCCUGGCCCUCAUGUCGCCGCUGGGCGUCGGGGUGGGAGCGGCGCUGGCGGCGGGCGCGGGGCCGCGGCAGCGGCUGUGCCGGGCCGUGCUGGAAGGGUUGGCGGCCGGGACCUUCCUCUUCGUCACUUUCCUGGAGAUUCUGCCCCAGGAGUUGGGGGUGCCCCAAAAUCGCAUCCCCAAGGUCAUCCUGAUCCUCGCCGGCUUCGCGUUGGUCAGCGCCAUCCUCUUCGUCAAGGGAUGAGGUCACGCAGGCCCGGGAUCCGCUCCCCUGCCCUCGGAGAAUCCCGUGGAAUUCACGUAGCCCCUCCUGCAGCCUUUUUUCUCAAGUGCCAAAGUGCCUCUCUCAUCUCCGUGCCUCAGUUUCCUUGUCUAAACUAUGCUGUUCCUCGAGGGGAGACCGUGCCUGGCCUGGGAUCCCCCGUUCUCGCUCCUGGACACGCUCGUGGAAUUCAUAUCCCACCCUGCACCCCCUCUCCCGAAGUGCCAAAGUGCCUCUCUCAGCGCUGUGCCUCAGUUUCCCCAUCUGCACAAGGGAUUGGUGCUGUGACCCCCCCCCUCAGGAGCCCGGGAGGGGGUGAGUGUCCCCCCCCCAAUAACCACAAGUGCCCUUACAGACUCCCCCGGAUUUGGGGGUGUUGGAUGAAGCAAAUAAAGGACU